AUGGCGGCGCUCGAACAAGGAGGCGUGCACGCGAAGACGAUAAACGCGCGCGACCGACCUCGAUACAAGACGCGUUUGUGUAACUCGUUUCGCCAGGAAGGCACGUGUCGAUUUGGUUCGGCGUGUUUGUUCGCGCACUCGAGCGAAGAGUUGCGAAGGACAUUGACUGAUGGAGGAGCAGAUGGUAGUAGAGAUGUGAGUGGAUUAGGGGGUGGAGGAGGUUAA